AUGCAUGACUUUGAUGUUCCUAACGCUGAAGACUACGAAUAUGGCUAUCAGUAUGACAGCUAUUACGAGCCAUUUACUCUUCCCACCGAUCUUUUCACCGACGAUGAAGCUGUAAAUUGGCUGAUUUCGCUGAAGAAAAUGGGAAAUCGAGUGAAAAAAAUGGAAUACGCGACUUUGUAUUGUGAGCUUGACUAUUUUAUUUUUUCAUUUUCUUGUAAUAAGUAGAAGGAGAAUGUGGACGUCGGCGAUUAAUAUUCUAAUGAUUGGAAUCUCAUUUUGUGAUAUUUUCAUAAUUGGGAAAACUCUUGGUGAUCAUAUUUAUGAAGACGUGUAUUGGACGGAUUGGUAAGUUUUCCAGACUCCAAUGAGAAAUUUGAAAUUGGUAUCCCGGAUUUGGUAUUUAAAUUUUUCAAAACCUGGCCUCGAGAUACAUAUCUCUGUUCCGUUGUCAUAUUAGUUUCUGAGUUUUUCGUUACUAUUGUGUUUCGCGUCUCACCAUUUCUCGGUCUAUCAAUGGCUAUUAUCCGUGUCGCCGUCCUGUAUUUUUCAUUCAACGCAAGAAUAGCGGGCCUGACCAAUAGGAAAGUUGGUGCAAAGAUAUUCAUAACCUUGAUGAUUAUAAGUAGCAUUAUUAGUGGAUGGUAUUACUCCAGGUUCACAUUAGUCAAAAAUGGCGUCUGGCUUCCUGAAGAGAAAUGCGGGAUUCCGCCCACUUAUAAACCCAUUCGGUAUUUCCGAACUGUAGGUCGGAAAAUACUCAUUUCUCAAAUGUUAUCUAAAAAAAUAUAUGCUCUGAUCGAUGGUGCUUCCAACAUUAUCCCCGCCAUAAUGUAUCCAGUGGUCACUGUGAUUUUAGUGAUUCGGAUAUGCAAAAUUCGAAAAAACAGGUCACACUUGAAGAGUCGACGGGAUAAUUCAGAAAGAGAUCACACGUCAACCCUAGUCGUGCUAAUGUCGAUUUCAUUCUCAAUUUCUCAAAUUCCAUUUGGAAUAUCUGUAUGGAUAGACGCGAUGUUUCAAUUUAACGCCGUACUAGACAGUUUCAUAUACAAUAGCAAAUCGAUCACAUCAAUCCUUUUUACUAUAAAUUCCACUUUGCACUGUAUCAUUUUUGCCGCUUUGAGCUCUCAAUAUCGAGAAGUGGCAUGGGACAUGACAGGUUGUAUUGGGAGGCUGAUAAAGGUUAGUGAUGUGGAUUUGUGA